AUGAAUGCUUCUAACAUAAGUGUUUAAAGCUAGGUGUCAGAAAGUACAGGAACAGAUGAUUCUAUCAACGAGAGCCCAUGGAAAUCUCAAGUUGAUUAAAUUAUCGAACAUUGCGUCACAGAACAGUUUGACUUGGCAAUUAAAGUGAUUGGUAAAUGUGAACCUCCAUUUAUGCCUCUAACGUUCUCAAUGUGGAGAAAGCAUAGUUUAAAUAAGCUGAGGACGUAUUUAGCAGAUGUUACAGAUGCAAACGGAAACUCUCUACUAUAAGUAGACGUAAUAAUGGGAUACAUGAGUAACAAAAUAGAUAAUGAAUAUCUAGAUUAAAAGUAUCUACCCCUUUUGGUUGAGCAGUAUCUAUUUAAGUUAAGAUAAAAUGAGAAGUACAUGACUCAGCCGUAGCUAAAUGAUCUUUCAAACUAUAUGGAUACCCUUAAAACCCAGCCAGCAUAUGAAAAAUUCCUCAGAGUAUUGGCAGAAUGGUUUGCAUUGAUGGAACUCUGUGAUGAUUUGAUGGAACGCAUUGAAGAAUAUGGCAUUGCACACUAUGUAGACAUGCAGUAAGUUGAACAGAAAAUAAGAAAUAACUGGGGAGUUCACUAACUUAAAGACCAAGAGAAUAUGUUGUUUAAGACCUUUGAAGGUGCCAAAGGGUUGUUCUGCCAAAGUAUAGUAAAAGUUGGUAGAACUCUAAGCAGUUAUCUCUCUUGGUUUGGACUCAUUGGAAUGGUUCAGUCCUAAAUAGUUAAAAUGGUGAUUGGGAUGUACUUUACUCAUCCUACUGUCUUUGUGGGUUCAAUAGUGUCAGCCCUUGUUAUGAAAGCUGGUUCUGAUAAACUUGAAGAGACUUAUAUCAUUAGCGAAUUAGAAAAGAUAACUGACUACUUUGCAAUAAUCACUUCUAACCUAAGAGCUUAAUACUUGCAUACAAGUAAACUAGUUACCUAAAGCUUCACUAAGUCUCAUGAGAAAUUGAUUUAAAACACUACAUAAGAGUUACUUAAAGCAGUUAACGAUUUAAUCAAGGGAGAAGGAAAAGAUAACAAAGGUUCUUUAUUGAGAUAUUUUGAUGAAAGAGAUAUGGAUUAUGAUAAGCUGUCUCAGCAGGAUGUAGCUGGUCUCUAAGACUGGGUUAAUAUCGUGAUUAAAAAAGAUCAAAAGUGA